UCAAACGCUUGUUGUUGACCCGUUAAAAAACAACAGCCUCCAGAGGCUGCGGCCAGCCCGCACCCCUCCCCCUCCUCUUGUGAUGUUUUGACUGACGCUGCCGAACGAGGCCCCGCCCCCUCCCGGCCGGGCGGUUACGCGCAACCCCGCCUCGCCGCGCGGCAUUCUGGGAUUUGCAGUCCCAAACCCAACCGCUUCCCCGCUCUUCCCCCGCCCCCGGACUACAACCCGAAUGCGCCGCGCAAACACCCGCCGAACACGCCCCGUCGUGACGAACAACCAAUCAAACGCCGUUACCAAGGCGCCGCUGCCACAACAAACAGCUCGAGCCGAACAAUGCUUCCAUGGUAACCAUGGGCUAAGGGUUUCAGCUGACUGCAUUGGUUACAAUAUUUCCCUCUGGAUACUGCUUCACUUCACAGUCAAACUGGUACUUGGCCAAAGGGGAGCUGCAGGGGUCUGUGAACGCCCCAGAAAGGGGGGAAACAAAACAAAGAAUUGCGGGUGCUGGAAACCAGGAGCAGAAAGGACCGUGUAAAAACCGUGUUCCACCUGGGAAGACCUGAACUUUCCUAUUGAAAGGGACCAUGAGCUGUCAUCCCAGUCGAGCGACUGCUCGAAAAGUUCAGUUCAAAAGCCCGAACUGUGAUGAUGAUCCCACUGCUCCCCAGGCUGAGCGCAGGGAUGACAAUACCAUCUCAUCCCUCGCUGGAAAGGUUCACUUUGAAGACUCGGUGUGUGACAAUCCCAAACUGCCCUUUUCAAGAGUUGAGUCGACAAAUUGUGAAGUUGAUCCUAAUUCACCCCUUGCUCAGAAGGAUCAGAUUGAAGACUCAAUAUGCAAGGAUUUUAACCAAUCUUUUGCGCCCAAGGUUGAAUCUAAGGACAUGAUGUGUGACGAUGUUGAUUUAGCCCAUGCUCAGAAGGUUCAGUGUGAUGAAGUGCGGGAUGAUUUCAAUCCAGCUUUUGUUGCAAAGGCACCUGAUGACAGUGUGUGUGAUGAUGUCCGUUUAUCCUUUGCUCCCAAGGGUGAGUGUAAGAACUCAGUCCGUGAUGAUCACAGUCAAUCUCUUGCUCCAGAAGUUGAACAUAAAAAGGAAACGAGUGAAAGUAGUCCUAUUCCAGCCACUGCUGCUAAAGCAGAGGAUAUGGAGAAGCCGUGGUCUCCCUGCGCGAAUCCUGGUAACCCUGUCUUUUCUUGCAUGGCGAAAUUCCCGACGGCGGCAUUCCCUGUUCCGUUCGUUAAACCUCAAAAUCCACUCUUCAGAACCACCAGUGCAUCAUAUGGGUCCAACCAACCCACAUGUGAAAUUGCACCUUCAGUCUACAAACCACUAACGCAGUCCUUCUCUGCAAUGCUUCAAACUGGCGGGAUGUACCGAAACCGUUCCCUAAAUACUGGCUCGGACAAAAGGAGAGUGCACGAUUUACUCCCCCUUUGACUUGAGACUGGGAGCAAGCCGUCGUGGUUCGAGAGUGCAUUGGUUCGAGAGUGCAUGUGGUAUUGUAACAGUCAACUGGUGACAUUUUCUGCUAAUAUUUGUUGGCACCAUGAAUAGAACAUUUUAGUUUUGUCUGUGGGACUGGGGAGAGAUUGUGCAAAGUUAGAAUUUAUGUACAUGUAUCACGUGUACAACUGUAUUCUUGUCAUAAUUUCUUUCAGGCAUGCUUGAUAAAGCAGCAUUCGGAAGAACAUAGACAGACCCAACAAAUGUCAAGAACGAGCAAUCAAAUGUUUUCUUUCACAUAAAAUCUUACAAACUCCUACACCGGAUAGUGCUGUUGCACCUUGUAUUCGUUUAGCAUGCAAAAUCUGCUGGCUCUUACAGAUGCAUUUCAAAAG